AUGGCCUCCAAAUCACAAUUCCCGUACGAAGACCGUGCGCGCGACCAUCCCAAUCCACUUGCACGACGAUUAUUCCAGAUUGCGACCGAGAAACAGUCAAAUGUCGUGGUCUCGGCCGAUGUCACAACUACAAAGGAGCUCCUUGACCUGGCUGACAGACUCGGCCCCUACAUGGUCGUUCUAAAAACUCACAUCGAUAUCCUCGCCGACUUCUCCGCCGAAACCAUAACCGGACUCCAAUCCCUUUCCCAGAAGCACAACUUCCUGAUCUUUGAGGACCGGAAAUUCGUUGAUAUUGGCAACACAGUGCAAAAACAAUACCAUGGGGGCGCACUCCACAUUUCGGAAUGGGCUCAUAUCGUUAAUGCAACCGUGCUUCCGGGCCCAGGUAUCAUAGAUGCCCUAGCGCAAGUUGCUUCUGCACCAGACUUCCCCCACGCUUCAGACAGAGGGCUCCUGAUCUUGGCGACGAUGACAUCAAAGGGUAGUCUUGCUACUGGUCAGUAUACUGAGUUGUCGGUUGAGCUGGCGCGGAAGUACAAGGGCUUUGUCCUAGGCUUCGUGGCCAGCAGGUCCUUAGAAGGAGUUGAAACGGCUGGAAAGGCGGAUGAUGAGGAUUUUGUCCUCUUCACGACAGGUGUUAACCUUGCUUCCAAGGGUGAUGCAUUGGGACAGCAGUAUCAGACCCCUGAAUCAGCCAUUGGAGGCGGUGCGGACUUUAUUAUCAGUGGACGCGGGAUCUAUGCGGCUCCUGACCCGGUUGAUGCCGCUAGGCGGUAUCAAAAAGCGGGCUGGGAUGCUUAUUUGAAAAGAGUGGGCAGAUAA